AUGGACGACUUCGAUGAUGACGACCUCGACAGUCUCAACCCGCUUGCGCUCCAGCAGCUUGAGGAAAAUGCCAUACAGUUCACCCAGGCUGCCCAGGCCCGGCCGCUCAACACCCAGCGCAGCUUGGCCUAUGACGACUUCGAAUACGACGACCUUGACGAUGCCGUGGUGCAGGACGACCUGCGAGGCACCUCGGCCAUCUCGCCCCAGCGCGUACCACAGCCGUACGCCCAGCACGCACCCGUGACGACACCCUCACAGCAUGCCGCCUGGGGCCAGCCCCCAGCUCCUCCACAGGCUUCCAUCGCUUCUCGCCCAUUGCACAGAGCUGUCCACGCGCCGGCGUAUGGCUCGAGUCGCCCACAGCCUCCACCGCCUGCUCCAAGACCAGCACCGUCGAUACCAGCACGAUACCAAGCUACACAGGCGCCAGUCAGACAGGCAGCAUCUGCCGCCCACGAGCUAGCCACGCUGCAGGCCCAGAUCCGCGAUUUGCAGUCACGCCUGACCACCAAAGAUGGCGAAAUCCAGAUCGUCCGCAGCCGGCUGGAGAAGUCGCAGCAGGACCACGAGCGAGAGAUGCAGAAUAUGAAGAAGCAGUCUGCCGAACAGCUCGCAAAACUGCAGAGGGCGGCAGAGGUGGCGACGAUUGCGCAACAGACGGCUGCGACCGAGCUGCAGUUCACGAGACGAGACCUCAGGGACGAGCUUGAGCGGGCCAAGACCAGGACUGCAAACGGCCCCACGACGCCAAAGAAGAACGCGGCAGCCAAAUCAUGGGGCGUCUCGGACGGCUUCGAGGAUGUCGAGAUGGCAAACAGCCCUACGCGUGGCCGCGCCAAGCACGCUGGCCCGGUUGCGACAAUGGUCGCCGAACCAAAGGGAUUAAGGACGCCUACGAAGAACAAGAGAAAGAGACCAGCAUUCGACAGUCCCGUCAUGGAGCUAGAAAUUCAGUCAGAUGAUGUCGGUGCUCAUGCCGGCAAUCUUGGCAGUGGCAGCUUAGGUGAUCCUGCCACGACCGCCAGAGAAGCGGAGCCCAUCGCGAAUUAUCUCCAAAUCAUAUUGAACCAUCGGUCAUCACGGGACCGGCCCAUGACCUUUGACUACCUCUCCGGAUUCUCGCUGCCAUCUAAACCAUCGCAGAGCAUAGCUUCACGGCUCCUCGAAUGCUUGGCCUUGGUCGGAACUUCAGACGAGCCAUUGCACCUGCCUGUGCAGUUCUGCAAAGAAGUCGUCCAGGUCUGGGACGAGUGCUUCAAGGAGUCCUGUCUCGCUCCCAUUUCCGAACUCGUCGCUUUGAUACUUUUCACAGUGCAGCUCAACACCACCGUCAUUGCGCCACGGAUUGCAUCGAGACUGCUGCCUGUCGCACUCAACUCGUGCUAUGAGGUGGCGAUCCCCAGAUUCAACCACUCUGGCCCUGGUGACCCUACCGAUGCGAGUUGGAAAAACUUUAAUGCGCAUAUUCCAUGCACACAGAUCAUGUCGCUUCUUUACCUUGUGGCUCUGGGCUGUGCUUCCACCGAUCAGACCAAGGAGGGCGCUGCGGAGCCCAUUGUGGAAUUCUGGACAGAACUGCAGAUGCAGUUCAUGCUGAUGUGGCUGAGCCAGAAGCAUCCUGUGCAAGACUUUUGCAUUGGCCUGCGGAUUCUCUGCACGUCCGUUUUCCCCACGAGCAUCGGACCACGCAGCCCGCACAACUCGCCUGAAGAGGUGGCACAGAUUGUCAUUGAGCGCGUCUCGGUCCCGCUGAUCGAGGGCACGCGCUGGGGAAUCGAGCGGGAAGAGCUACACGAGGUUCGCGUUCUGAUUCUGCGGACUCUGGCUACCUUUGCAACGACAGCGUUUGGCUACCGACAACUUGUGGGGAGCGACUGGGUGGUUCCACGGCUUGUGGCGCUGUUGGCGUCCUCCAUUGACGAGCUUUACGAAGGGAACAUGCAGUAUAUCUCGGCAACGAGCGAGGAGGCUGGCCCGGGCUCGGCGCUGCAGGUACUCGUGAACCACACCAUAUUCCUGUUGCACGCGAUCGUCAUGAACCCUCUAUCGCAGCCUGGGCGGCCUGUGGACACGGACGAGAAGCUGCGGGGUUUGUCGGGACCACUGGCCGGGGCUCCGCACAAGUACGUGCUCAGCCUGGCACGGCUCAAUUACAGCGAGAGCCUAGUGUCGGAGGAGACGGCGGAGCUGGCGCACGAGCUCCUCGACCUUGCGGUGACGCCGGAGCAGGCUGCAGAGCUGAGCAGCUUUUUCGAUGGCUGA